UUGUAAUUCGAGGGAGAGACGGUCUUCUGGAUGUGACCUUCUUCAACGUUAUAGAAGUAUUUUUCCGUGGAUAUAAGCGUGCAUUUAAACUUAUCUGUGCAGAAAAUGUCUCAAGGAACAUCCUACAUUAGAUUUAUUCACGUAGUUCCAUGAAAAAAUAGUAUACUAUGACAAAUAGACAAACAAAGAAGGUUAAAAAGCCCUUGCAGACCACUUUGGGCAAAGCUCCAGGUCAAAAUGAAAAAGAAGAAAUGGAUGUGUCUCACCUCAAACGACCUAUAGAGACCAGUAUUUACACCAUACAAGAGAUUAUGAAUUUAUUGAAGAAUGCUACAGAAGAGGUAAAAGAGUAUAUUACAUAUGAAUGUGAUAUAAUGUUUGAGUGCAGAAUCUGCAGGAAUAUUUUUCGGAGUCUAGCCAAUUUCAUCUUGCACAAGAGGAAUUAUUGUCGUCUGAAAUAUAAGAGAUUGGACACAAGUUGUAAUGGUGACAUUCUGCAGGAUCGAGUGCCACCUCCUGAGCCCCCUGAAGAUAGAACUGCAGUUAGAGGCUUGGUACCCGUUAUAGAAAAAUUGAAGGAGCAGCAGGAAGUAAAACAACUCACUGAGGAGCUCUUAGUUGCUGAUUUGUCAGCUGAAAAGAAGAGCGAAGAUGAUGUUCCCCACACAAUUUUGGGUAGCAGUGUCUUAUUGCAGAAUAUAGUCACUAACAAUGCAGCAGUUUUUCAAACUGUAUUGAGCAGUGAUAAACCAGAAUCCAUGAGGAAUGAGGUGAUGGAACUGCACGGGAUUCUGGAGAGUGAUAAGGUUGUUUUAGGGCCAGAUGGUAAAGUCUGCAAUUUCAAAACCAACCAGAUCAAUGCCAAGCCAGUAAUCCCUCCCUCGAGGUUUAGCUGUAGUAAGUGUAAUGGAAAAUUCUCUACCAGAAAAACUCUUAGUUUCCACUUGAAGAACAAACACAAUGAUAGCAGAACAGUCUAUGUUUGUCCAGAUUGUAAGGAAACUUUUGCCAACACUUGGUCCGUGUUCAGACAUCUCUACAAGGUUCAUAGGAAGUCUUCUUCUCAAGUUAAAAAAUUGAGAGAUCAAAUUUCGAACAAUGUCAUUAGAAAAGACCAAGAGACGCAGAAGAAGGUACAAAAGAAAGUUACCAACACUGAAAAACCAGACGAAGAGAAUCAGUGGUUGAACAACAUUGAGGGCGAUAACGAUUUACAAAUGUGUGGAGGAUGUGGCAAAAGAUUCGAGCGGAAAGCAGCUCUUCAGUCGCACGCGACGAUGUGCGUGAAGAGGAUAGCGGUGUGCAACACUAUCAAAGAGAACAACGCCAAAAAGAAAGAAGAGGAGUCCAAAGAUAAAGCGAAACGGAACAAAGAAGAGAAAUCUCCUAGUCCGGAGCAUGUGGAGACCCAGUUGAAAGGGGCUUCGAAGCGGAAACCAUACUUAUUGAGGACCUAUAAGCAACCUUCUGGUAGUAAGGUUGUCUCCAGGAGAAGCAGCUCUGUGGUUUCCAAUGAAUCUACCUGUGAUAAAAUCGUCAAUUGCAGUAUUAGUGAUGAGGACAAGUCGAAACAAAGCAAAAAUAGUGAUAGUGCAAGAGUAGUGGUCAAAGAAAUGGAAGUAGUUUUGAGGAAAGAAGAUAUGCUUUGUUCCUCAGCUAACAUUAUGGAUUCGCAAUUGAUAACUAGUAUAGGAAAAGAUAACCGAUUUGAGUUAAUACAAGAAGAAGAAACAUCACAUCGACGAGAAUCACAGAAAGAUCUAGUUGAUACUUACCUUCAAGGCGAUAAAAACGAAAUACCUAAAGAAACUGACAAACCUGCAACAUCUCGUGCACCGAGAAAUCGCAGGUUUAUGGACAAGUCUAAAGCCACAGGUACGGAAAAGGAAUUAGUUGGAGAAAAAGAAGGAUCAGAGUCGGGUUUUAGCUUACUGUUUCGGCAGAUUAAUGAUAAAGUAACGAAGAAGAGUAUCGCCGCUGACACAAUCCAAAAUCUAAGCGGCGUAUUGAGUUCCCAGAAUCUAUCAAUGACCAGUUCAGAGGGAAGUAGCUCUUCUAGUAUAGAGCUACCAAACUCAGAUAUUGACAAGAAUAAUCGAAUAGAAGAGAUAAAAGAAGAACCACAGUUUGAUCCAACGCCAGGAGGAAUUAUUAUUGUGGAUUAUCUCUCAGAUAAACAAAUAAAAGAGGAAGAUAUCGAGAAGAUUAAAAGUGACGAAGACGGUGCAACUUUCGGUUUUAAAUCUCCACCAUCAACACCACAGAAGAAUAAAAAGAAUUCCUCGCCAAUCGGAGCGAUCAGAAUAAGAAGUCUAACUGCGCUACGCAGUUUAUCCAAGGAUUCGGGAAGUCUAGCUGUGCUACGCAGUUUCUCCAAGGAUUCGGAGAGUCUAGACGAUGAUAUGCCCGUCUUGGAACCUAGCGUCACCCCACCGAAAGCACCGAAAGGUUCCAAACGCAUUCCACAAGAAUCCAGAAGCCCCAAAGCUGGUAGGAAUUCAAAAAAACCCAAAUUAUUGGUGGGAAACAGGAAGAGAAGGGCAACAAUAGAUGGUGAAAUAGUCCGAAAAUCGAUUAAACGGAACAACGCCAACGUUAUGGUGGAUGAAGAGGGAGUGAGCAGCGAAUUCAUGAAGAAAGCCGCCCCCUACAUGGAUAUCUCCACAAUGACAUGCAAACCGUGCAAGUUGCAUUACACAUCCAGGGACCAGCUCCUGGACCACAUGUCGAACCACUUCGACUGGUACCAGUUCCAAUGUCGUAGAUGUGCAUUCGUCUCGUACACCAAAACGGAGUGUUGCAAUCACGCCAAGGUCAAGCACGGCAUCCAGAGUAGCCAAUUGGACAAUGUCGUGCUGUGGAUACCGUAUUGGAAGAGUCCGUUGAUGUCCAGUUCGUUCCAUGAGCUGCGUGACGAACAAAUGGGCGGAAAGCACACGAACGAAGUCAUGGUCUGUAGCGACGACGACGUCAAAAUUGUCGAAAAUGAUGAAACAGAUCCAGCGAAGAAGGUAACCGAUCCAAUAAUCUACGAUUCCGAUCCGGACAUGCCAGUGUUCGACGACUCGGAAGAAUCCAAACCUCUAAUUACUCCCUUCCGGAGCAUCGACGAGAUCGAGUGCAUCGAUAUAACGGACGAAGAUCAAGAGAAUUUCCAGCUGGAAGUUCCGCAAGAGAUGUACACCUCGCAUCUGUUCGAGCUUGUGGAUCUCGACGACCUAAGACCGGCUGCGUUACGGGAAGGGGCGAUCGAACGCAGCAACUGCGCCACACCGGUCUCGUUGGCGGGGGAAUCCGAAGCAUCGGAUAAGAGCCCCUCUGACACGGCCAACCUUAGACCUACCAGAAAUAGGAUGAGGAGUAUCAAAACUCUGCAAAGUGAUUUCUUUUACGAUAUGGGGAAGACUAAUAGACAAAGUGAAACGGUCAAAACCAACGGUCCACUCAAACAGAAGAAAAACGGUAGUUCUAAUAUUAAAAAGGACAAAUAGAGCUAUUUUUAUUAUUGAAAAUUAUAUUUUUAUUAUUUCUUUGUAAAAAAAUCGGAUGAUUUUUUUUAAUUUGUUUAUAUUUGGGUCGGAAGAUAUUGUGCGACAUAUUUGACAUUGGUCUACUAUAUUUUUGUCAAAUUUUGACUUCCAGUUCGGAAAUCCUUUUCGAAAUCAUAGACAUAUAUAUUAUCAUAGACAGAGUGUCAUUCAGAGCGAAGUGACGGCAUCAUCUUAUUUUUUUGUGGCUCAGUAGUCCAGGGCGCAUCUGUUUUGAGAUGGACGUUGAGAGGUGACUCAUAUUUUUUUGCAGAAGUUGCUUGAAAUUAACUCAUUUAAUAAUAAUUUGAGUUAUCCUCCCACUCAAAAAGUCCGGAGCAUUGUUUAAAUAAUCAAAAUGUCAAAAAAUGAAGGAAAAAUUCGAUUUUUUCUUCGUUUUUUCAUUAUAACUUUAAAAGUGUUCACUUCCGAGAAAGGUUGUACUGACAUAAAAGUUGCGUAAUUAAAUUUCCUACAAGAUAGAAUUGGUUAAUAAUUUUAAAAAGUGUCAUCCUUAUUGCAAAAUAGCUAAUAAGUAUUAAUUGCGAAAAAAAGAUAAAAAAACAAGUAUUCGCAUUUUACGUUUUUCAACCAUUUAUGCUACACUUAGGACCUUCGUAUUUUACCCAGAAAAACUUUAUGAUAUAAUAAAACAAUACUGUAAAUUUCAUUAAGAUCGGUUUAACAGAUUUUGCACAAUAAAUUUUGCAAUCCAGCUUGCAGGACUGAAAAUAAAGCAGAUAGCAAGUUAAAUUUUUUUUGCAAAUAGAAGAAUACUGUACCUUUCAUUUGCAAUUUGCAAAAUUAAAAUCGGUUAACUACCACGGCGUCAGGAAUUUUUUUAAAUAAACAAUUUUUGGUACUACGCGCAGGACAGCGGUGUUCGAUUCACACAAGUUGAUUUCCACCAAAAUUUCUUCCAAUCUUUAUCUAAUAUAAUAUUAUUAUUUUCUUACUCUAUAUUUUGUUGUAUUUUAAUAUUUUAAUUCCACAAAAAUCAAACUAAUUUGAUUAUUGUUUGUGAAAUAUUGUUUAAACAAUUGCAUAUGUUUAAAAAUAAUAAACUUUUAUUCUCUAAGUUAAAAUAUAUGAACAAAGAAAGUUUUUGCUAAAAAAAGUGUUAUUUCAAAGGACAGAUGUAUGUGUUUUUAUUUUGCAAUAAACAAAUUUAUUUAUUUAUAUCGAAAUGCAUUUAAAAUUAAAAUUUAUCAAUCAUUAUCAAAGGUCAUUGGAAUGCCCAAUCAGAGCAAACGUAUCCGCUGUCCUGCGCGUAGCACCAAAAAUUAAUGUUUAUUUAAAAAAAAUCCUGACGUCGUGGCAGUUAACCGAUUAUAAUUUUGCAAAUUGAAAAUGAAAUGUAUAGUAUUCUUCUCUAUGUAACAAAAAUUCAACUUGCUGUCUGCUUUAUUUUUAGUCCUGCAACAUUAUUAAUUUUUUUGCGAAAGCUGGAUUGCAAAAUUUAUUUUGCAAAAUCUAUUAAACCGAUCUUAAUGAAAUUUACAGUGUUGUUUUCUUAUAUUUUAAAGUUUUUCUGAGUGAAAUAUGAAGGUCCUAAGUGGGGCAUAAAUGGUUGAAAAACGUAAAAUGCGAAUACUUGUUUUUUAUGGUUUUUUUCGCAAUUAUUGCUAUUUUGCAACAAGGGUGACAAUUUUUAAAAAUUUUAACUAAUUCUAUAUUGUAGGAAAUUUAAUUACGCAACUUUUAUGUCAGUGCAACGUUUCUCGGAAAUGAAUACUUUCAAAGUUAUAAUCAAAAAACGAAGAAAAAAAUCGAAUUUUUCCUUAAUUUUUUGACAUUUUGAUUAUUUAAACAAUGUUCCGGACCUUUUUGAGUGGGAGGAUAACUCAAAUAUUAUUAUAUGAGUUAUUUUCAAGCAAUUUUUGCAAAAAAAUAUGAGUCACCUCUCAACAUCCAAAUAUAGUAAUAUUUUUACAGAUGCGCCCUGGUCUACAGUGUUGUUUCACUCUUACGCAUAGUAAAGCUGCGACACUAGUCCUCCCUUUCCGUCCCUAUACCCACACUCAGUUUCAUGUUAGUUUCUCGAUACAAUGUGCUAGAAAGAGAUACCGCAAACCUGUCCAAGAGAUCUUCGUAGUCGUCCUCUACUUCUUGUGCCCUCUGGUUUUGAAAACGUUAACUUUUUAUGUAUUCGUGAUCUGGCAUCCUAGCAAUGUGUCCAGCCCAUCUAAGUCCAUGCACUUUAACGAACUUUACAAUAUCUGGAUCGGUGUAUAACUGAUACAGUUCAAAGUUGUAUCUUCGACGCCAUAGCCAAAAAUCUUUCUAAGAAUUUUUCUCUCAAAAAUACCAAGAAGUUUUUUAUCAUUUUGAGAUAAGGUCCACGUCUCAGCGCCAUAUAUCAAAACAGGCCUUAUUAGGCUCUUGUAUACAGUGAAGAGCGAGCUAAUAACCGGCCAACUAGCACAAAACAUGGAAAACGUAUUAAGAUGUGAGAUAAAAAGAAAUGCAACUAAUCGAGCUGGGAAAUCUAACCAUAUAUAAAUUUACAUUAUAUUGAUUGUUUCCCACCUUUAGACGUAUCGCACGAGUUUGGCAACUAUCACUGUCACAGUGACAGUUUUAGUUGACGUACUCCUCUGAUACGUGUAAAGGUGGAAAACAAUCAAAUUUCCCAAUUCGAUUAGUUUCAUUUCUUUUUAUCUCGCAACUUAAUACACGUUUUCCAUCUUUUGACUUGCUUGACUUGCUCAAAGGUAUGGUUGUUAAUUUGAAUUCUCUGUUGGAUAUUUCGGGAGUUUUUAGAAACCAGCAUAUAUUUGCUUUUCUGCUCGUUUACCACAAGUCCUAAUUCAGUGUCCGCGUGCGCAAGUCUUGUAAAACACUGCACCUUGUCUCUCAUACUUAUGUCCACUAUAACUAUAUCGUCAGCGAAUGCGAGAAUUUGCGUCGAUCUAUUCAAAAUAGUUCCAUUCAUUCUAAUAUUUAAUUUUUUCACUGCCUUAUCCAAGGCAAUAUUUAAGAGGACACACGCCAGCGCGUCCCCCUGUCUUAGACCAUUAUUAAUGUCAAAGAACGUAGAGUUUUCUCCUUGAAUUCUAACGCACGAGCUUACGUUUUGCAUUGUUAGUUGGGUCAACUUAACUAACUUAGGUGGGAUCCCAAAGUCUAUCAUUGCAUUACAUAAUGCAGUCCUUUUAACACUGCCAUAGGCUGCUUUUAAGUCGACCAAGAGAUGGUGGGUAUCUAUGUUUUAUUCUAGUGACUUUUCUAGAAUCUGCUUAUAUACUUGAAUUUGAUGUAGGGUAAGGAAAGGUAUAUUGGUGAUAAAAAUGAAAAAUACUAAUAAUAUAGGAAUUAGACAACUAAGCAAGAAAUAAGUUUUGCUUUAUUAUGUUACUUAUUAUUUGAAGUAAAUGUUUAGGAGUUAAUUUAACAAAAAACGAAUAAUAAUGAUAGUAAAUGUCAAAUUGACAUACAAACUGUGUUAGAUAAGUUGGUGACACGCUAAGGUAUAUUGGUGAUAGUGUUUAGAAAAUUUGGUGAAACAAUCGCAAUUUAAGGAAUUUAACUUACCUUGGCUAAAUCACGAAUUUAAUGCGGUUUUUUUAUUGAUAAUUAGUUUAUUGAAUGGUUUUAUAAAGUUUUAUAAAGAAAACAGCAAUUACUCCAAUAAAUAUGUAACCGUCUCUCACAUUCAAUAAGAAAUGGCUCCACUGUCGACCGUCGCACAACGCAACGGUCAAAACAGUCUGUUUACUAAAAGCAGGUGCGCGCAUUGCGAAAUCGUAAUAUAUGUUUGUCCUGCUUACACUUGUAACAACUUACUAGCGCUGUGUCAUGGAUGUGCUUACAUAGUUAACUGUGUAGUAAUCUCAUUAAAAAUUAUCACCAAAUUACUUGUAUCACCAAUAUACCUUUCCUUACCUUAUAGUUGACUUUCCAGCAGUAAAUCCGCAUUGAUAUUGACCAACAAUAUCCUUUGUAAAAUGUUUAAGUCUUUCAAACAGUACAUUGCCGAAGAUUUUAUACGCAGAUGCUAACAGCGUAAUGCCUCUAUAGUUCUUACAAUCCAGUUGAUCACCUUUUUUUUGCAACGGACAUAUUAUUCCUUUUAGCCACUCUUCUGGUACCAGUCUAUGAUAAUAUAUAAUAUGUCUAUGUUCGAAAUACAAAUAACGUAUUGACAAAUUUUAUGUUUUGACUAAUGCCAGCUCAACCAUACCUGUCUUGUUCGCAAUGAAUAUUCAGCCAGUUACUAUAUUUCUAAAGUAUGUAAAUGCCAUCAGUGACAUUGUUGUUCCUAUAUCGACAUCAAAAUAAUAACAAUUUCUUUUAAGGUGAAACAGUAACGAUCAACAGGUAGCGAAAACGCGUUCCAAGAUUGCGGCUGUAAUUUUGAAUAUUUUUUCGACAUAUUUGGCACACGUAUUCGUAAUAUAAUAAAGAAUGGCGGUACAGAGCCCAAUUUGAAAAAUAUAUUAAUAUGUGGAAAUUACUCUGUAAUUAAAUACAAUAUUAAAAAAACGAGCCUGUACCGCCAUUAAGAAGAACAAAAAAAUACACUUUCUUCAAAUAAACUUUUUUAUCCGAUGCCUAGAUUUUGUGUCAUUUUGGAACUACUAAGGAAAUAAAAAAUUUUAGUAGUUCCAAAAUGACACAAAAUCUAGGCAUCGGAUAAAAAAGUUUAUUUGAAGAAAGUGUAUUUUUUGUUCUUCUUAAUGACGGUACAUGCUCGUUUUUUAAUAUUGUAUUUAAUUACAGAGUAAUUUCAACAUAUUAAUAUAUUUUUCAAAUUGGGCUCUGUACCGCCAUUCUUUAUUAUAUUACGAAUACGUGUGCCAAAUAUCUCGAAAAAAUAUUCAAAAUUACAGCCGCAAUCUUGGAACGCGUUUUUGCUACCUGUUGAUCGCUACUGUUUCCUCUUAAACAAUAAUAGCAAAUCUAGUAGAAACUUACUUUGGAUAUAAUGUAUAGUGCAUGGUUGAAUUAUAAAUGUGAGCGAGGCAGGUAAGUUGAGCUGUCAGAAAAAAAAACAUUUACUAUUACAGCAAUACAAUAUUUAUCUUUAGGUUAUUUGCAUUAAUAGACACCACAAUUCCUGGGUUGGGGAGUAGAAAAAUCGAUAAAAUAUUAAUUUUAAUUGCAAUUAUUGUGAUAUAUUAGGGUAUAGACAACGUACAAUAGUCAAUAAUUAUUGUUUAAAUUUCUCAUGUUUUAACAUUUACGGACAAGGGAAAUGGUUUUAUAAAUAGUUUUGUUCUUCUUUUUGUUAUUACAAUUAUAUAUGUCCCUAUUAUGUUACUAAUCGAUUUUCUUACUAAUCCUAAUUUUUGUGUGCUAAUUCUUCUUUAAAGGCAAUGUUAUUUCCAUUCUCGGAAUGUAAUAUGUUUGAAAUGUUCUAAUAAUCGUAAUAUAGCGAGUCUUGUUUACGUUAAACUAUGCCGGUAAUUAUUUCCUUGGCAGAUUUCUGCUAUAAAUAGGUGUAUUCAAACCUCACCUAACUUAACGUUCAAUAGUGAUGUCCACAGUUCUGUCAGUGUCAACUGCUCUUCAGGAACUAUUCCAAUACUUAUUCAACCACAAUUUUAAGUCAAUAUCCUUCCUUUUCCGCAUGCAAUAUGCUUGAAUUGUUGCUAAUAAUAAUAAUCACAAUAUAUUAGUCUAAGAGCUAGAGCCGAAAAAUCAUCGUCAUAAGUAAUAUGGAGUUUGUCAUGUGAAAUGUGUCUAUUGUAUAUUGAUAAUUAUGACACCUUUCAGGCUGACACCUCAGUGGAUGCAGGAAGUAGCAAUAAGGGAUGAAAGGGGAAAGUUAGUGUAGUCUUUAAAGGUUUUCAUCUCCUAUUUUGUUAAACCUCAAUCGAUUUGCAUGAAAAUUGAUGACUAGUUAGAACAUACCUCAGGAAAUAAAAAUGAUUUGGUGCCAACUUGCACUUUUACCCUGGGGGUGGAUACCACCACUUCUCGGGGGGUGAAAACGAUUUUAUUAAAAAUAACCCCACAAAUCGUUAGAGGGACAAAUUAUAAGUAAAAUUUGUUAUAUCAUGUUAUUAAAAUAAAUCAAUACUUUUUGAGUUAUUAAAGAUCAAAGAUUUGUCUGUUUAAGAGCACAUGCGUGAAGUUACGGAUGAUAAAAAGAAAAUAUUAAUUAAUUGUAUGUUCCUAAAAUAUUAUUUUUAUAUUAUUUCGAUAUUAUAAAUUUAGCAAAAGUCUAUUCGAAUAUGUCAAAUGUACACAUGUACACAUAUGUCAAAUAAUAUUUUACUAACAUACAAUUAAUUAACAUGUUCUUUUUAUCAUCCGUAACUUCACGCAUAUGCUCUUAAAUAGACAAAUCUUUGAUAUUUAAUAACUCAAAAAGUAUUGAUUUAUUUUAAUAACAUGAUAUAACAAAUUUUACUUAAAAUUUGUCCCUCUAUCGUUUUGUGGGGUUAUUUUUAAUAAAAUAGUUUUCACCCGCGGGAAGGGGUGGUAUUCACCACCAGGGUAAAAGUGCAAGUGGCACCAAAUCAGUUUUGUUUCUUGAGGUAUGCUCUAACUAGUCACCAAUUUUCAUGUAAAUCGAUGGAGGUUUAACAAAAUAGGAGGUAAAACCUUUAAUGACUGCACUAACUUUCCCCUUUCAUCCCAUAUUGCUAUUUCCUGUAUUCACUGAGGUGUCAGCCUGAAAGGGGUCAUAAUUGUCAAAAUACAAUGGACACAUUUCACAGGAAAAACUCCAUAUUACUUAUGACGAUGAUUUUUCGGCUCUAGCUCUCCGUCUAUAUUGAAUCUUAUCCAUGUUAAAUCGUGCCGGUAAUAAUUUUCUUGGUUGCUUUUUACUAAGGGUGUUCGCAAAUACAACUUGACCUAACUUCAGCAUAGUCCGCGAUGCUGAUACUGUUGUUUAUAGAUCUAUAUAAUUUUUCAUUAGUUUGCAGAGAUCAAUCGUCAGUGUUCCCCAAUGGAAUUUUAUAUGAAUAAACAAUGAAGAAUGGUAAAUAAUAAUAUAAAAAACGAUUUGACCCAUCAUAAUGGCCGUGAGAAAUGUAAUCGAUAAAAAAGGACGGGGUCGAGUUCGCUCCCAAUGGUAAGAAUUUUACCUGAACUAAAAAAGGUAGAGUCCGAAUUGGCUCCCAUAGACAAAAUUUAUUUUACCUAAACAUGUCGAAAAUAUCACCCAGCGUUCACUUCUUUCAAAUUUUCUCUUUUUGUUAGAAACAGGUACCUUCCUAGAAAUAUCUAUGGGAAAGGAGGAAGACCUAACCCUUCGGUCCUAACUUAACUUUCGGGUAUUAGAGUGUAGAGCGCAAAACGGUCGAGCGCAUACCGGCCGACACCGAUAAUUUGUGUUAAAAUUGCCACAUAUGCCAAUGUUGAACUAAAACAAACUCUAAAAGUAUUUGUCUAAAAGUAUAAUUUUCCUAUAAAAAGUCUAUAUCACUAUGUAAAUUUCCUAAGCAGUAUAAAUAUUACACGAUUUGGCAACAAUGUCUAAUGUUUCCGCGAUUAUAUGAGAGCCUACCCGCAUUCAUGCGGGAGCCAAUUCGUACCCUUCUAAAAUAUACCUGAACGAAGCGGAGCGAACUCGACUACACCCAUAAAAAAACAUAAAAUAUUUUUAGUUGAAUGUCCCAGACGUCGUUUUCAAGGCAUUUCUUUUAUGUAACAUACCAGUAGCGUUCCAAGUAAUUGUAUGAUUACAGAAGCAAGUUACUUUUUAAAUAUCUCGAGAUGUAAGAACAUAAUAUAUCGUUCAGCAAUUUUUUUCUUUGAAAAGUAUUAAAAAUGCGAUGCAUAUUAUCCAUUUUUUGUACAUACUGUAUAUAGGUAUUUAAUAAGACUAUUUAACUAAACAGUAGUAAAGCGAAAAGGCGUUGGUCCUUUCUGCAUCUACGCAUUUUAUAGUUGUACAUAGUUUCCUAUUGUUAAUAACUGAAGAAUCUGUUAAUUUAUUUUUUUUAUAAUUUAGGUUGAGUUUCUAGUUCUGAUUUCAAUAAAAUUUUCCAUGGGG